AGAAGUGCGGCUGCUUCCGUGGAGCCUGUGACAGCGGCAGCUCCAGGUCCAGGUCCAGGUCUGGGUCCGGGUCCGGGUCUCGUCUCCUCGGGGUUUUUUUUCUCCUCGUGCCCCCCCCUCCCACCGCGCGUGUCCAUGUCUCCAGCCGCGCGCGCGCUCUGAACCCCCCCGCCGUGCGUCACCCCCGAGCGUCAAAUGCGCAGACGGAAACGAUGGAGCUGCACAUUCUCGAGCACAGGCUGAAAGUGGCGAGCAUCGAGCGGGAGGGCAUCCAGGUCUGCACGCACGGACUCGUCAAGCUCGCCUUCCUCUCGUCCAGGACCAGGUGUAAGUUCUUCAGUUUGACGGAGACUCCGGAGGAUUUCACCAUCAUCGUGGACGAAGAAGGAUUCAAAGAGCUGCCGCAGACGGAGCACAUGAGCGUCGCCGAGGCCACGUGGUUGGCGCUGAACGUGGUGUCGGGCGGCGGGAACGCGUCCAGCGCUCAGCCCAUCGGAGUCACCAAAAUCGCCAAGUCCGUCAUCGCGCCGCUCGCCGACCACAACAUCUCCGUGUUCAUGCUGUCCACGUACCAGACGGACUACAUCCUGGUGCGGGAGCGCGACCUGCCCAUGGUCAUGCACACGCUGUCGUCCGAGUUCACGCUGUUCCGCGUGGUCAACGGAGAGACGGUCGCCGCCGCGCUCCUCGGCGUCACCAACGGCUUCGACAAACCCAAACUCGGUACUGAAGCCAAAAACGCUCCUCGGCCGGUGAUCCACCCGCUCUCCAGCCCCUCCAACCUGUUCUGUGUGACGAGCCUGGACCCCGACACACUGCCCCCGGUGGCCACGCUGCUCAUGGACCUCAUGUUCUACUCCGGCAGUCCCAAAGACGGCGGCGCGUGUCCGGACGACGCCUCCAGAAUCCGCUUCUUCUCCUUCUCGCUGAUCGAGGGAUACAUCUCGCUGGUGAUGGACGAGGAGGUCGCGCACAGGUUUCCCAAUAACGUCCUGUUCACCAGCGCGUCCGGGGAGCUGUGGAAGAUGGUGCGGAUCGGGGGGCAGCCUUUAGGAUUCGACGAGUGUGGGAUCGUGGCUCAGAUCUCGGAGCCUUUGGCCACUGCCGACAUUCCAGCCUAUUACAUCAGCACAUUCAAGUUCGACCACGCGCUGGUUCCAGAGGAGAACAUCCAGAGUGUGAUCGGAGCUCUGAGAACGGAGAGCACGACGCAGUGACCCAACCUCCUCCUCCUCCUCCUCCUCCUCUUCCUCCUUCUCUCUUUGGGACUUUAAACUGUCCUCCAAGUGCCAUGGUUCUGGUCUGGAGAUCCACUGUGUGCGUUUGUGUGUGCGUUUGUGCGUUUGCGUGAGGGUACGAUUCCCCCAACAUACCUCCUCAAUGACUCGGCGAAGUAAAGUUCGCUUUCGCUUUUUCGUAGACGUUUACCACAUUUCAAAAACAGUAUUAAAGAAACGACACCGACUGAAGCGCUACGUCCUUCAAUGAUUUUUUUUUUUCUUUAAAUCGUGAAAAACCAAAUGUGGAAAACGCGGCGGAAGGAAGGAGGCUUUGUCUUUGAGGAGGUACGUUGUGAGGUUCUGGAUGCGACCCGAGAGCGUGUUGAGGCCUUUUUCUGUCCCCGCUGCGCCCCCUGCUGGUAUGGAGGCUUGAGCUCGUCGUGUUAUGUUCAGGGGCCUUACAAAAAAAAGUCUGGAUUUUCUACAUUUGUGUCUUUAUUUAGCUUUAAGCCACAGCUACUGAAGGCUAACGGCGUGUUUUCCGUAUGAAAACUGUGUUUAUGAGCGGUCAUUUAAAGCUGAAGUGUGUAACUUUUCUGCCACAUGCUCGUCUCGUAGUUGAAUGCGCCGCAGUGUGGCAUUAAACCUCAAUCACAGCCUAAAACAUGUACACCGUAAAAUACCAAAUAAUCUCCCGGGCGUUUAUUUGUUUCAAUCACUUAUCAGACCAGGCUUUUAUUUGAGACCAGGCGACGAUUUGCGGCAGGAGAUUAAUCCUUCCUCAUGAAAAUCUUGCUGAGGAAACUGGGAAAAUCUGGUUCUCGAAUUAUUUUUAACCAGUCUGACGAUAAUUUACAAUUUUUACACGAUGUCCCGGCGACUCCUUUGUCGACCUUUUGGACUCGAUUCCUUCCGCCUCGGCCCCUUUGCUUUUCCUCUUGCGCCGCAUCAGCUACGAUCACGUCGCUGCUUCCUCCCAGUCGCCAAACUCGAGUCAUUUUACCAAAACUCCCAAAAACUGCUUCCAUUUCGCCAUCUUUCUUUUUUUUACGUCACUUUGAAAUCGGGAUUUCACAGCGACGUCGUCUGUUCCUCCAGUUUUUCAGUGAAGCUGAGGCAGAGAAUAGAGCCUAUUCACUCCGAGUCACACGACCAGACUGGUGCGGGCAGGACCGACCUGAAGUCAAACUGCUCCUGUCGCUGUAAACAUCAGACUCUCUGUGUGUCGCUGCACGAAUCAUCACGUCUUUGUUAAAUAAAACCCAAAAACAACGGGAAAUGGGAGUUUGACCCAUUGACUCGACUGCGUUAGACUCUGCGUUUAUUUGGAACAGGUGGUUAUGAAUCAAAACAUCCACCUGCGGCCAGCGUUUCAUUGAAACCCGGCGUUUGUUAUUUUACUGUGUGCAGAUCGUGUUACACCUGCGUACCUCCACUUUUAAUGCCACACUGCGGGAAAUUUUGGACAAGCACGUGGCCUGAAACCACAGACUGUAAACACAAACGGACGACCCGCUGGAAAGUGAGCACGGCGGCGCUUCUGGCUCCAUCGACUCCUCGUUUUGGUCUUAAAAUAUUCGCUCUACGUGAUCCCGGUGACAUUUUUAUAUUAUUAAAUUAAUUACAAAUAUGCGACUCUGCUUCAUGUGCCCGGAGCUGAACGCCGCGGUCCCUUAGUCCACUUGUGAACACAGUCUGUGGUUAAACCGCUCCUGAAAGUAAAGUGUGAUUGUUUUGUGUGGGGGUUUUCUUUUUUUUUCUUUUCUCUGCUGCGUUUUACGGAAGCUUGUACUUUUCCAGACGUUGUCAUGAGUUUGAGCAGUGCUUUUGCCCCCGAACGCUCCGCCGUGCGCCGCUGACGCACUGGCUCUAAAGACCGGACUCUUCCUGUCGAACGACCGCGAGGAUGUGCAGCUCUCGUGGUUUUUCUUUGGCUCUUUCUCAGUGCCAUUGUGUCUGAUACUGUAAACACGUGUGCAAUGGAACUUUUUCACAUCGUCUGAAGUGUCCCGCUGUAGGUUUGCGGAACUUACGGGUUAAUGAUUUUCUGUGGCAAAAUGUGUGCGUAAAUAUGUGUGUAAAAGGAUAAACAUUCUUCAUGAACAAUUUAUCCACAAGGAUCAAGAGAAGAAAGAGCAAAACUUAAAGGAAACUCAUGUUACGAUCAUGACUCAGGCUGAUUUUACUAUUAAAAUUAAAAAUCGAUUUCAUGAUGUGGCUUAGACGGAUGUAGAUUUGUGCAGUUUAAAUGCGAGACGUGUCAUUUCUGAACAUCUGUAGCGGAAAAACUGAACAAAUCUGUCUGUGCAAAUAUCCACAUCAUGGAUUUUUAGUUUUUAAUUCUAGAAUCAGUCAACAAGUUACUUAUAAACGAAUUACUUAUUUCUUCUCUUUUAUUCGUGACCAUAACGUUUUGUUCAGUAGUCCACUCCUUUAAGUUUUGUUCGUUCUUCUCUUGAUCCUUGUGGAUAAAUUGUUCAUGAAGAAUGUUUGUUCUUUGUGGAGUUUGUUGGUUGAAGAUUUAUGAAGCUGCUGGAGGAAACCACACAUUUACACUGAAAACCAUUAACCGGAAGUUCCACAAACCUACAGCGGGACACUUCCGGUCGUUGCGAAAAAGCUUUACGGGAGGAAAAGAUGUGAGUUUAAAUGACCGUUCAGAAUAUUUAUGAAGAGAUUUGACCUAUUACAAUCUACUGAGCAAGUUGUUGUUCCGUUGGGUUUGUCCUUCGCACGUACGUCUCAUUCACACAGUCAGACCGACCUGGGAAUUUUCCUGCAUUUUUCCAGAACGGGGUCGUGCGUGAACGAAGCCAACGCCGAUUUUCCGGCAUUUCUGAUCUGCUAAUUUAUUUUUAUGUGUGAAUAAAGCCAGAUAUUUUUCAGGACAGUCACUUGGUUUAAUCAGGAGCUUGGUUUCCUUUUGUUAUUGAUAAGUCGGAUUAAAGUCCAAGAAAGCGUCAGACAGAGCGGUUUCAUGCUGCUGUUUCGACAUGUCGCUAAUUGUCGGAAUAGCCGAGCUUUACUAUUUUUCAAACAUUACUCUUUUCCGACAUGAAUAAUAUUAACGUGACGGCCAAUUAUACUUUCCUUCAACUCUGUGGUGUUACAUGAUAUUAAGCUGAUUGAAGAAGGAAACAAGGCUGUAGGCAAAUGUUUGGACAUGUCGUACAUGGGAACGAAGAACAGCGAGAGACACACCGAGGUAGACGAUCGCAAUGCAAAAAAAAAAAAAAAAAAAAAAAAAAGACAUGGCAGAAAAGUGAUACUAAAAAAUGUCUAAAUUGGGGCCCGACCGAUAUGAAGUUUUUUGCGACGAUAAAAUGGAUGUUGGAAGAGCCGAUAUAAAAGUCGAUAUAUUUAGUGACGUAAAAACUCACUGUAAAUAAAACUUAGGUCUGGUUCUACUGAGUUUUAAAUUGUUUAAGCGACAUUUCCUGUUCUUCUGCGUCUUUACGUCAUAUUUACAGACGGCAGGUCGGAAUAAUGGCAUUUUUGCAUCACAUUCUAACCAGUAAAGAAAGUAAAAACUACCGCUAUCAGCCUUUAGUGGUAAACGUGUGCACGCGGCGGUAAUUAAUAAUAUGUGUAAAUAUGGAUCAUUCACACAUCAGUGCAGGUUCAGUCACAUGUGCACACGCUAGAGUCACUUUACACUAGAACAACGUAAGAAAACAGAGUGUUUAUGUGGAGCUACAGCAGCGAAACAACGAGAAAGAACCAAAAGUAUCUUCAAAACAAAACAUUUGCAGCACUCAGCCUCUCACGGGCUCCUCUCAGAUCACAAGUCUGCACUAACAAGUGUCCUGACUCAAAACAAUCGUCUGUGAAAAGAUAUAAUCCUGCGUGUAACCCUAACCCUGACUCACUCAGACCUCGCAGCUUUAGGAUUCGUUUGCUCGACGGGAGGUGGGGACUUUUUUUAUUUAAACAAACGCUGCUGUUUGGGCGUGAUAUCUGUUAUGCUCCAAAUCCCAUAAGAUGAAGGGCAAAUAACGCCAAGAACAAACAUUCUCUUUGUUCCGGCUUUAAAUCCUCGAUCUCGGGAAUCGUUGCCGACACAGAAUGUCUGUCUCUUCUUUGAUCGGCUGGUGCCCGGACUCGCACUUCCGGGGUUUUUGUGAACCGUCUAGUGUUUUUUGAUUCCUGACCUAGAGCUGGAGAGAAAUGAAACUGAGCGGAGGCACUAGGGGGCGCCAGACUGACUAAACAGCAGAUGCAGUUGUAAACAAAAGAAUGUGAGUGACGUGACUCUGGGGGUGUGUUCAGGGGCAGUACGACGUCACAGACAAAAGACUCCUCUGAUAUUAGGACACAUGAGGACAUUUAUGUGUCUGUAAAUUGGAUUAAAUGGACAUAAUGUAGAGUCUGAGCUUUAUAACGAGGUAUAAGUAAGUUUAGAAUGAGGUAUAUAGUUUAAAUAGAAGCAUGUUGAACUUCAGACAGAGCAGUGCCUACGGUUAGCCUCACUUAUCCAGGGAACGUUGUUGACAUCAGCUGCAGAGGAUCAACAGACCCGAGAACAGACAAGUCCGUCAUUUUUAAACAUAAUGAGAACAGAGCAUAAUCAUGUGGCGUAACCACGGAAACCAACAGGCGGUACUUCCCGUUUUCCCGUUUAUUUAAAGGUUGUAUAGAAGAUUUUUCCAAGGAAAGAGAAAUGCAGCGACUGUUUGUCCAUUUUCAAUUGUCGCGCUUCGCUCCUCUUCCCCUUCUCUUCUUCUUUCAGCGAUGUCAAAAACAGACUUUCUUUUGUGGCGAACUGGUCGUGAAUUUCGCAACAAACUUUGUGCAAAACUUUGUGUGAGAGGAAACUACAGUUCGAAAAAGACGCUAAGAACCGCUGUGUUGGUUGAGUAAACAGCAUCAGUGCGUGAGGUAAACGUAAACCACAUAAUCCCAGCGCGCCGGCAACUCAGUGACGAAUAGAAACGUAGGGAGUUUGAUUGACGACCCAACAGCCAAUAGAAAAAGAGGUAGCGUUGUUUUCUAUUGGCUGAUGUUUAUCUGCCCCCAUCACAUCCACAGUUGAUGGAUUUUCAUUCUUUUUUUUUUUUUUUUGGUCAUCAUAAUUACAAGGCUGCUGCACUGCUAUAAUUUUAUUUUGAACUUUCAUCGACAAUUUGAAACAAAAAAAAAAAUCCUCCAUACAACCUUUAAAGGAAACUGUCGGAUCAGAAAUGCAGGAAAAUCAGCCGUGGUUUUGUUUUACACGUGACCCAGUUCUGGAAAAAUGCAGGAAAAGUCCCAGGUUUAAGUGAAAACGAGUGAAAGAGGCUUCAAAUAUUUCCAAAGCGCACCGAGUCACUUUGCUGGCCGAGCGUCUGCCGCCUGCUCGUCUCCGUGGAGAUGUGAAUGUUUUGGCAGAAUGUUCCAGAUUAUGUGGGUGAACGUAUUUCUCAGAGUUUAUUUUCGUUGUUUCAGGGUGUUUUUAUUGGUCAAAAAUGUGCGCAUUUUUACCACAAGGGCUCGCCUCUCCACAGAUCUUCACCUUGGCACUUGCUUGAUGUUGACCUGUGGAACAUCAACAUAACUUCUCCGGCAGACCCUCCGCCAGGAAAGUUACGCAAUGAAACUUUAAGUGUAAUUCUCUUCUAAACGAGCUUCUCAAACCCGACGGAUAUUAUGAACUGGAAACAUUUGAACUCACGCGGACACCACAGACCGUUUAAAUGAACGGACCGAGCUAAACCCGCUAGACCCGCGGUACAAAUAGGAAGUGAGCAUGGGCGCGCUUCCGGCUCCAUCGAUUCUGGCUCCAGUUCACUUUCUAUUGAAAAAGCGUGGCCCCUGUCUCUGUAACUGCUGCUUUCAGACUCAUUUUGGUCUUAAAAUGUUGGUCUGACCGCACCCUUUGUGAUCCUGGGGCUUUUAUUUUGCUGUUUUGUUCCUAAAUCAAAAUAUGAACAUUAAUAAUCGACCAAUAAGGCGCCAGCAUUGGUCUUUAACAGCCUCGAUCCUGCUUGACUCUUUGAUUAGGGCGACCAGACGUCCCUGUUUCCCCGGGACAGACCCAGUUUUGAGCCAGAUUUACACAAAACUGAACUGAAACGGUUCAGCACAAAUACACGAACCGCUACACCCCAGUAAAGCGAGGACUAAAUUGUAAUCUGUUAUUGCCCCAUGACCGCCAGCCUCAGUGAGCUUCGUUUGACUGAAGCCGUGGGCGGGGAGGUGGCGCUCCCUCAGUCCGCUUCUUUACUCAGUCUGUGGUGGAGCCGUAUUCGUUGCAGUGAAGCUCUGAAAGACGGUUUUCGUUUCAGACGUGUGUAGCUUUUGUGAAUGAUUUGGAUGAUUUUUAAAGAGGCCCUCGGACCUGACUGGUGUCGCCACGGUGACGGGGAAACGGGAGGUGACCCGAGCGUUUUCAGUUUGAGAGAAGAACUCUAGAAGACUAAAUGUGCAGGGUUUGUGUGUGAAACAUGUGUGAAUGAAACAAAAAAACACAACUCCAGGUCUGUGUGUGACGAGGAAACCACAUUAGAACAGAUCAGAGAAAAGUGCAACGUCGGACUCUUUACGUCGGACUCUUUACGUCGGACUCUUUACGUCGGGUCCUUUACGUUGGACCCUUUUACGUUGCUCGCCAUUUGCACUGAUUUGAUGCUGCAGGUUUCCAGACUGAGCCACUUUCAGAGGAAAUAAAAUCCCGUUACUCUCUCCACAACUUUACACGACUCUCGCUGUUGUCAUAGCGACGCCUCUGACGCGUUCACGUGAUGAUUUUAGUCUUUUGCUUUAUUUAUUACGCAGAGGGAGCGAGUCGGUGACGCCACAGUCGCCACGUUUACAUGAGAUUCAAAUCCAACUAAAACUGAUUUAAUUUGGAAUAAAAAUGAAUUCAGCUUUAAAAAGUUCAUGUAAACACUUAAUUCCAAAUGAAAAUGAUUAAUGGGAAUUAAACUUACUUCUGAAGUAAGUGGGAGGUUUAUUCUGAUUUUAAAGCUGAAUGAAUUUAUUCAGGGUCACAUAGACCCCAAGAAUUUUGUUUUCCCUUCCUGCUCUCUUGGGGCGGGUCAAUCAGACCCAAAAAUGUAUUUUCUCACCAGGCGAGAAAAUACAUUUUUGGUUCUGAUUGACCCAAAAAAAAAAAAAAGUUUCUUCGGGUCUAUGUGACCCUGAGGAGAGCGUGAAUGUUAAAAGUUUUGGUCCUGGUUUAGUUCUGGUUUUAGAUCCUGGUUUAGUCCUGAGCUCUAAAACCACCUGUAAUUGAAUAAAUGUAAAGUGGAUUUGUUUAAAGUCACACUGUGGAACAUUCCAGGCAGAGCAGUGGCGUCUCCAUAAACGUUUGUUCUUGUUAAAAUGCUGCUGGUGCUUCGUGUUCGUCGUGUCGUCCUUCGAUCCGCGUCCUCCAGUCGUGUCUCGGGACUUUGUCUCUUUGGAUUUGUGAGCGGGAUGCGGGAGUGGGCUGAGCUUUUGUCUUCUUCCUCACUUCUCCGAUGCUCUUCCCUCCUCCUCCUCGGCUCACAGACGGAAAGUGUGAUGAGACGAUUCUCCAGCCGCUGCUUCACAACAAUUAUCAUCAGAACCACUGCAGGAAAAGUUUGGACGUGUUUGUGUUGGUGGAGGAACCACAAACUGAGACGACAGAAAAGCCGGGAGUAGCUGAAGUUUGUUUUCUUCCCAAAGACGUAAAUCUGUUGGCGUCUCUGUCCAAUCAGAACCUCCCCCCAGACGCUCACACACAUUAAAUAAAGAACAUUUAACGAUAUUUCCAUGUAAACUCCAAACUAUUUAAUCCGGAACAAUUAAUUCAGAAUUAAAAAGCUUCAUGUAAACGUGGCAGCACCACUGAAAACCUCUUCGAAAUUCUCACCAAUCCCACGACAGUUUGCCGACUUAACGUAAAGUUGUGGAGGAAGUGACGCCGUUAAUGUAGCGUUAGGAGUUCGAUAAGCUAUGCCCCGCCCCCUCGUCCCCCAGACCCCGCCCCUUCUGUCCUUUAUAUGUGCACUUUAUACGGUCCGGUCCGCCGCCAGUCCGGACUCCUGCCGCAUCUGUGACCACACCGGACGCGUUUUCGGCAUCUCUCGCGCUCAAAAGGUCCGUCCCCCGCGUCGACCGUAGAGCGACUUCACGGCAUCACGACGUUCUAGAAGCUCCUCUCCUCGAAACGAAAACCGGCGCAAAGUUCGGCGUCUUCAGAAAGCGGAGCCGUUCCUCAACCCUGAAGACGCGACGUUUCAGCUGAAAGGACUUUAAGCCAUAAAGUAAUAAUAAUAAUAAUAUUUUUGACACGUCUGAGGAACAAAGAACGAGACGGAGAAACAUUUGUGGGAGCAGAAGUUUGGAGAUUCUCACGUUCUCGAUCGGUGCGGAGUGGGUUUUGGGAGACGGUGGUCGACUUUGAUCACGUUGGACUUUGCCGUGAAAUCUCCAAAAGUCGAACGCACAAAUGUUGAACCUGAUCAUUUCUGUCAGUGACUAGAGCCGAGACGAGUUUGUGCUAUUAUUAAAAAAAAAAAAAAAGCUAAAAACUGAAGCCUGUAGAAUGUUGUGAUGUCGUCUCUAAAGUUUGGACAUAGUGCAAUAGAAAAGCCUGGUGUGUGUGUGUGUGUUGUGUGUGUGUGUGUGUGCUGAGUGUUGAAUAAGAUCAGUGUUAUUGAGCAGAUGGAGAGGUUCUGGUUCUGGUUCCUCUGGUUCUGGUUCUGGUUCCUCUGGUCGGGUCAGGGCCCGGGUCUGUGUCAGAAUCCAAUAAACUGGUGACACUCCA